AUGGAUUCUAGGCUGUUAAUUGGAUCGGGGAUCCCCACACCGGAUGCGACCACCCGGGCACCCUGGAACAUCAGCUCCAUCACUCCACAACGGCUCAUGGAGUUGUCUCCAGUCGCCACAACUGGUUCCCUUGUUCCAAGCCACCCAUUUCCAACGGCAGACGUGCCGGACCAUGCUCACUACACCAUCGGUGUUGUCAUCCUUGCUGUGGGCAUCACGGGCCUUUUGGGAAACUUCCUAGUCAUGUAUGCUUUCUGCAGGAGCCGGAGUUUGCGGACACCAUCAAACAUUUUUAUCAUUAAUCUGGCAAUCACAGAUUUCUUCAUGUGUCUCACCCAGACACCGAUCUUCUUCAUCAACAGCAUGCACAAGCGGUGGAUCUUUGGAAGGAAAGGUUGUGAGUUGUAUGCCUUCUGUGGAGCCCUGUUUGGUAUCUGCAGUAUGAUGACACUGAUGGUGAUUGCGGUGGAUCGAUACGUGGUGAUCACCAGGCCUCUGGCCUCCCUCGGGGCGAUGUCCCGCAAGAAAGCCCUGAGCAUUGUGGCUGCUGCCUGGGUCUACUCUAUGGGCUGGAGCCUGCCACCCUUCUUUGGCUGGAGCGCCUAUGUCCCAGAGGGUCUAAUGACAUCUUGUUCAUGGGAUUACAUGACAUUCACGCCUUCUGUCCGCUCAUACACCAUGCUGCUCUUUACGUUUGUCUUCUUCAUUCCUCUCUCCAUCAUCAUCUUCUGCUACUGCUGCAUCUUUAGAGCCAUCCGACACACGACACGAGCGAUAACAAAAAUCAACUGUGAGGGUACCAGAGACUCUGCUAAGAGGGUCCAUAGGAUGAGAAGUGAAUGGAAGAUGGCCAAGAUUGCACUCAUCGUCAUCCUGCUAUAUGUAAUCUCCUGGGCCCCUUACUCCUGUGCCGCCCUCACUGCAUUUGCUGGGUACGCUGACUUGCUGACUCCCUAUAUGCACUCUGUUCCUGCUGUGAUCGCCAAAGCAUCUGCUAUCCACAACCCCAUCAUAUAUGCCAUUACACAUCCAAAAUACAGGUCAGCACUCAGCAGGUAUAUACCCUACCUUGGGGUGUUGCUGUGCGUUACUGGCAGAGACCGUUUCAGCAGCAGCAGCUUUCAGUCUACCCGCCGAUCAACCCUCACCAGCCAAUCAGAGAGCAACCGCAUCAGCAAGCCCCGCCACUCCUCCCAGUCUGAGAGUGAAUCAGCCCACUUCUCAGACACAGAGGAGGAGAGCUCAAUUCGGACGCCUGUUAGUCGUCAGUUGUCCAGUGAUGUCAAACAGGGGCGCCGUGCCAGCCAGAGGUCAAAGGUGAGGGGUCACCACACAGGAGAAUUUCAAAGAACUGGCGCCAUCAACCCCACUGACCCAGCCAUAUGUCACCUCUCACAGAUCACUACUCUGACAGAGCCUGAAGACAUCUCCAUGUCGGACAUCAAUCUCCAGCCAACCAGUCAUCUGCCUGCCACUCUGGUUGAUGUGAUGGAGGAGUCGGGGCCAAGGACUGUGUGUAAGACAACGUCAUCCGUUAUUGUCACCUCCAUAUCCAGCCCAUCUAUAUUGCAUAGCCCUCCUGGUUUCCAUGGCAGCCUCAAACUGACCAGAACUUACAGCCCCGUUGCUAAGGAGCCCCUUGACAUAGCCAGGCUGGAGACGACAGCAUUACCAUGA